AGGGCUGUGCAUCAGUAGAUAAAUGAAGGAAGGACAGGCAGACGCACACGGUGACAGAUUACGCAAAUUGAAACAAUGACAGAGAAUUAAUUUAAAAAGGGCAGCGAUCGUCGCGGGAGCAGCAUAUCGCGCGCCGCGGCCGCCGGCAUUCUGGCGACCUGCAGCUGCUCCCCGAUUGGUCGGCGCGGCGAGCAAUCGUGCCGUGGACGUGGGAGCCCCUCAGUUGAAGUCGUCCCAGCGUCGCGGCACACCGUUUUCGUUGAGUCCCGGCUACAGCACAGGCUAGAAUGGCACGUACCAAGCAGACUGCUCGUAAGAGUACCGGUGGCAAGGCACCCAGGAAGCAGCUGGCCACCAAGGCUGCAAGGAAGAGCGCGCCGGCCACCGGAGGCGUCAAGAAACCUCACAGGUACAGGCCCGGCACGGUCGCCCUGCGUGAAAUCCGCCGUUACCAGAAGUCCACGGAGCUGCUCAUCCGCAAGCUGCCCUUCCAGCGGCUGGUCCGCGAAAUCGCCCAGGAUUUCAAGACCGACCUGCGCUUCCAGAGCUCCGCCGUGAUGGCACUGCAGGAGGCCAGCGAAGCCUACCUUGUCGGCCUGUUCGAGGACACCAACCUGUGCGCCAUCCACGCCAAGCGCGUCACCAUCAUGCCAAAGGACAUCCAGCUGGCUCGUCGCAUCCGCGGCGAACGUGCUUAGACGGCCCGCUUCGACACAGCAGCAACAACAACAAACAAACGGCCCUCUUCAGGGCCACCCAAUUGCUUACUGCAAAGGCUUUGCACUGCGUUGAAACCCAAACGCGAGCUGUUGGAUGCGCAUAAGAGCAAGUAAGUUUUGCUGGGGGCACAUUUCUUGGGCUGGCGUGAGCACGGGGCCUUUAUUGUCGUGCGUGGCGCGCGCUCUUCGUAGUGCUCUCGUUGUCCCAAACGCCCAAGGAGUUUGCCGCCAGCGAAACGGGAAGCGAACGUUUCCCAUGAUGCUCAUAAGCGACAGCGCUAAUAAACAGAAGGAAAGGUGCCUUUUUUUUUUUACACGCGCCAAAGCGGUGUGUUUUGUUC